AUGGAAUCCCUCGCUCCUUCCUCUGACACCACAAAAGCUGCAGAUAUACUGCAGAAUUUGUCCUUGGAGUCUGAGUCCAAGGCCACUGGAGUUCCUGAACCUUCAAAGAAGAGUGCGCAUGGUCUAGCCAAGGGGAUGUCCAAGCCAUUUAACCUAAAUGCAAGCUUCACUCCAAAUGGUCAUCAGUCUACUGCGUACUAUUAUGGAGGUUAUGAUGGGCAAGGUGAUUGGAACCCUUACUCCAGAUAUAUGAACCCUAACGGAGCGAUGACACAAGGUGUUUGGGGUGAUGGAUCUUCUUAUUUGUACCAUCAAGGUUAUGGGUAUGCACCAUAUGGAGCACCCAUACAACAUGAUGAUAAACUCUAUGGGCUGCAACAGUACCAGUACCCUUCUUCUUACUACCAGUCUCCAACUUCUGCUGAUGUGGCAGUUGCUCCUAACAAAAACAGUGCUCAACAAGAGAAAAUAUCAACCGCAAUUAGUGAUGAACAUAUCCCUUCAUCUGCUGUUAUUAAUAACGGAAGUACAGUUGGUGUGGUCAGCGAAGAUUCUACAAAGAACAGAGGGCUGAAGGAUUUUUUGUCAAAUUCCAAGCUCUCAUUGUUGAAUUCAGUUGACUCUUAUCAAAGGACAGUCUUUCCGGUAUAUGUUCCUUUAUCAGGAUAUCAAGAUCCAAGAGUUCCUCAUGGGACUCAACCAGCAUUGAGUUCAGAUCCCUUAUUAUUAUCUGAUAAAAAGUCCAAUGCUGGCGCAAAAGUUGGAUUAUCUUCAGCUGUGCCUGGCAAAAGUAUUUCCUAUCAAAGGAAUACAGCUAUUGCUCAGCCACUUCCACAGUCCAUGAGCUAUGGUUCCAUAAAUUCAUCUGGAAUAGAACCACUCUAUGGAUUCAUUAAUGGGAUAUACCCAAGCAACACAAUGUACAGCCAAUAUGGAAACACAUAUAGAGCUAAUUCUCAUGUUGGACCUGCUCCCUAUGGAUUUAGAAUGGGUUCUGUCACUAACAAGUUUAAAGCCACAAAUGGCCGUUUUAAUGAUCAUGUUAAAAAAAAUAUGGAUGGCUUUGGUGAGCUGAAUAAGGGACCAAGAUCUGGAAAUGGUUCUAAUGAUAAAAGCAUCAAAGGUCCUGGACCUGCCACGUUAUUACUCAAGGGACAGAAUCUUCCAAUUAAAAGUGAUAAUAAAGAAUUACCUCCCAUUCCUAAUAAGGAACAGUACGACGGAGAAGAUUUCUCUGAGGCUUAUUCUGAUGCAAAAUUCUUUGUAAUCAAAUCUUAUAGUGAGGAUGAUAUUCAUAAAAGUAUAAAAUAUAAUGUUUGGGCAAGCACCCUUAAUGGCAACAAAAAGCUGGAUGUAGCAUAUCGUGGGGCCAAGGAGAAGCCUGGCGACUGCCCUGUAUUUUUGCUAUUUUCGGUCAACACUAGUGGACAAUUUGUUGGUUUAGCAGAGAUGGUCAGUCCAGUGGAUUUCGGUAGAACUGUGGAGUACUGGCAGCAGGACCGGUGGACUGGUUGCUUUUCUGUGAAGUGGCAUAUCAUAAAAGAUAUCCCGAACAGUGUGUUGAGGCACAUUACUCUAGAAAACAAUGAAAACAAACCUGUUACUAAUAGUAGGGACACUCAAGAGGUUAACUUUGACAAGGGUAUUCAAGUUCUCAAAAUCUUCAAGGAGCAGUCAAGCAAGACAUGCAUCCUGGAUGAUUUUGGUUUUUAUGAGACUCGUGAAAAGAUGAUUCAGGAAAGAAAAUUUAAACAGGUUAGCAAGUUCAAUGAUUUAACAACAAAUGGAACCGUAAUGUUACCCAAGUCUCAUGAUGAAGCCUUGAUUAAUGAACCAGCUACUACAGAUGAAGCACCACAAAAGGAGGAGUUGGUUGAAGUGAAUGGAUCAACAACUCAAGCAAUUGAAGAGUGUUCAAAGAAAUGCUAA